GGGGCGAGCCGCCGGGGCGCGGGACUCCGCGGGGGAGGCAGCGGCGGCCCCACCAUGCCGCGGGUUGUCCCCGACCAGAGGAGCAAGUUCGAGAACGAGGAAUUCUUCAGGAAGCUGAGCCGCGAGUGCGAGAUUAAAUACACCGGCUUCAGGGACAGACCCCACGAGGAGCGGCAGGCCCGGUUCCAGAACGCCUGCAGGGACGGCCGCUCCGAGAUCGCUUUUGUGGCCACAGGAACCAAUCUGUCUCUCCAGUUUUUUCCGGCCAGCUGGCAGGGGGAGCAGCGACAGACACCAACCCGGGAAUAUGUCGACUUUGAAAGAGAGGCAGGCAAGGUGUACUUAAAGGCACCUAUGAUUUUGAAUGGUGUCUGUGUUAUCUGGAAAGGCUGGAUAGAUCUGCAGAGACUGGAUGGUAUGGGCUGCCUGGAAUUUGAUGAAGAGAGAGCACAGCAGGAGGAUGCAUUGGCACAGCAAGCCUUUGAAGAAGCUCGGAGAAGAACUCGUGAAUUCGAGGACAGAGACAGGUCUCAUCGGGAGGAAAUGGAGGUGAGGGUUUCACAGCUGCUGUCAGUAACUGGCAAGAAGACAACAAGACCCUAGUCCUGGAUCUAACCUAGGAAGUGGCGAUGACCUCAAACUGCGUUAAUCAACAGCAGCAGCAGACAUGCCAUGGGUCUGCGCAUAUGCAUUGCUUAUACUUGGCAAAAGAUUAAAUAAAAGACCAGAAACUGUGAUAACUGGGUUACUAUGGUCUAUUUCCUGACCUGCGGCAGUCACAACCAGCAUGAACUGCCUUGGUUUGCACUAUGUUUGUUACAAUAUCUGCAUUUCCUAUUGUAAGCAUGUAACCAGUGGCAAUUUGAGAUUGUUUUUCUAUGCAAGCUUAUUUUUGUUGGCACUAUUUUAGUGAAAUGAAAACUUAAGCAGCUAUAAACCAUUUUUCUCAACUGUAAUAAAAAAAAUUGUCACUUAAAAAUAGGUCAAGACAUUGCAGAUUACAAUUUUUUUUGUUUUUGGUAAAUUGCUGGAAGCCAAGGCUUGCCAAGCUUAAUUUUUUUUAUAUGGGCUUUUGGAAGUUUUGGUUGUCAUUAUUGUGCUCCUGCUCUAUUUUAGAUAUGCAUUCUUGUCUUUUUUGCAAUUUUCUUCUUUAUCUUCAACAUUUGCAAGACAUUUUAAAGACUGCUGACAUUUUUUGCAUUAUUUACAAGCUAAACCCAGUAGCACAGAGCUGUCAAUCAACUUUCUAACAUGCAUGUAUGUUUGUUAAAGUUGCAAUAUCCUUUUAACUGCUAGCAAUUCAUUGGUUCCAUUUUUUUUAAAUAAAAUGUUUUACAAAUAUUUUUGAUGUCAGUGCAUUCUGCCCCAGGAUCUAACCUAGUUUCUAUUCUGUACUAAAUGAGUUUGGGUGGUUAAUAUAGCCCUGUAUAUAGUACCUACUGAGACUCCUAGGAAGUUGCAGGCUGGCUUCUGUUUUAUUCAGGGAUUUUUUUAAAUAGUUUUGGAAAGGGAUAUUGCAACUUCACAAUUGGAUUUGACAGCAUGUUAAACUGGGGACAAAGGUGAUCAGCUGCAAUGGUGAUAUUGUAUUAAAAAUCAUGUUUAAGAUACCUGCUUUAAGUGUAUUUUAUAUCUUAUGCUUUUUGUAAAUUUAUGCUGAAUGAUGAAAGGAGAGGUUUGGGAUUGUGUGUGGAAUCUCUCAUACUGCCCAUGGGACACUUUCUUUUAUUAAAUUGUCUACAUAUAAAACUAAUUUACAUUAUAUAUGGCAUUUUCCAACAGGGUAAGAUUUGGGAUGGAUUCAUUUGUGUGAAUAAUUUUUGUAAACAGGCUUAUUUCCAAUUUUCCAUCAACAUCCAUUACUUUAAAGAAACAACUGGAAACAGCAGUGUCAUUUGGCAGUGUUUGAAGCUGAUGCUUUCUGUAUAGCUUAAUUAAUUUUUUGUCAUUUGAAAUCUUUAAUAUUAAAAUGCUGAAGCUAGACCACUUAUUUUAAAGAAAAAUUAUGGUUUCAUGAUUAAUUUUGAAAAUGAACUGAAAUUGUGUAUGAUUAGGAUCACUAAAUAUUUAUUUUUGUAUGGUACCCUUACUGAUGGCAAGGUCUUGCAAAACUAUGGACAAAUAAUGGAAAUGUGAACAGGACUCCUUGUAUGUUAAUACCAUGAAUAUUUAACAGUUCGCUAAAACAGUUAUCUGUAUCCGCUGUGACAACAUCAUAAAAUGGAAAUACUUUGAUAUUGAUACAUAAAUUUAAGUUUGGCUAAUCUGA